GUGUUCAUUGAAUAACCGGGCUGUUUUAUUGACGCACGCGCACUGAGGCCCAACAAAGGGCCGAAAUAAGAACGACUCGCAAGUGAAUCUGAUGUAUUUAUGUCAUAAAAAUGGUGAAAUCUGUGAAGUGGCGAGUAGAAAUUAGGAUAUUCGACGUGUCGAAUCAUGACCGAGGCAUCUGAAAAUGCCUACUUGGUGCGCGUGCGGGCGCAAGUGAUGUGCCGCGACGAGGGCACGGGCGGCUGGGUGGCGCUGGGGGGCGGCGGCCUCGCAGACGUCAUGGUCGGCAAGCGCGCCCGCCACCACCACCGCACCUCCGGUGGUGGUGAUAGCAACGGCGACACAACAUCUUCGUCUACAAACGCACCGACGCACGAAUACUUCAUACAUGGCAAGCGGAUCAGCGACAAUAUGGUGGUUCUAGAAUGUACCAUAAAGAAGGACUUUCAGUACAACAAGGUGAUGCCAACGUUCCACCACUGGGUGACUGACGAGAAGAGGUUCGGGCUUACAUUCCAGACGGCAGCUGAUGCUCGGGCGUUCGACAAGGGCGUCAGGACGGCGAUUGAGGAGUUACUGGACGGUCUGGGUGGGGCGUGGCCAUCACUUCAUGCAUAUAAAAAACACAACCCAGCACCCAAAGAAGACGACGAGGAACAAAAUAUCUUUGAGUGUUUGAACCUGCCGUCGGACUCGCGCUCCAGCUCCGAGAACUCAACCGCAAGCCGCGGCCGGAGGCGCCCCCCCGACGACCUCACGCAGACCCCCAUACUGUCCGCCAUCACGCUGCCACGACACCCGCUCACAGAGUCGCUGAAACAAUACGAGGUGCAGUACGAGGACAAACCACCAGAGGACUCCGACCCGGACCGGUGUCCGUACGUCCGUCUCACGCCGUUUCAUGAUUACACAUACCCACAAGUGGGAAGCGGUGUCCCUGGCUCCGAAAAGUCCUCGCCUAACACCAAACCGCCGCUCCUCAAACGCGACUCUGGGUCUAUAAAGAAACUGCACGGGUAUAGUGGACCCCCACCGCUGCCUGGAAAGAAACCUACGGAAUCAUUUCAAGCAAGGCUCAAGUGCAGACACUGCCAUGAGUGGUACCUGGAGAGUGCGAACCGAGCAGGCGCUUGCGAGUACGCGCCCGACUGUUGCCGUGCGUGCAUCGACGCUGUUACCUGCAUCAAAUGCGCACAGGGUAUGUUGUACCACUGCAUGUCGGAUGCUGAGGGUGAUUUCGCGAUGCACCCUUGCGCGUGUGGCCCGCCAGACGAAGCCUGCGCUAAACGAUGGGUGGGCAUCACGCUGCUGAGUCUGCUGGUACCGUGCCUGUGUUGCUACAUGCCGUUGCGUUGCGGGCACAGAGCGGCGCGCGCCGCCAGCCUCGCUGGUGGUCACCACUCACCGCACCAGGCUCACCAGCCCCACCGUCCGCACUAACUAAACAACACACUGAGGUCAAUUCUGAAAUAAUUUCUAAACGAAUCUCUAAAAAUCAUAUUUUUAGACAUUCAAUCUGAAGCGCUAUUCCUUGUAGGAGUUAGAGAACUGGAGAAUAUAAUGUCAAAAACAACGUAUAAAUUAUAUACGAUUUUUUUAGAGAUUGAAAUUGAAGCGCUUUUUCUUGUAGGAGGAAUUAGAAGGUAUACAAUGGAGAAUAUAAUGUCAAAAAACAACGUAUAAAUUAAAUACGAUUUUUUUAGAGAUGGAAUAUAAAGCGCUAUACAUUGUGGGCGAAAUUAGAGAACUGAAAAUGGAGAAUAUAAUGUAAAAAAACAACGUAUAAAUUAUAUACGAAUUAAUGAAUUUGAGUGAUGAACUACAUAGUGGUUUCAGCAUUAUUAAGACCUGUACAAUGAAAGGAGAUCUUGCGGAUAUUAUUCGCAUACUUUUAUGAACUUGUAAGAUUCUAUGACAUACAAAAAGAAUGAACAAAAAUUGAUGAAGUUUACGAAGAACUGGAAGUUGUAAAGUAAAUGUGAACAUUAUUGUUAAUAAUAUAUAAUAACCGUUCCUUUAAUAUACAACGGUUAUUAUAAAUUAAUAAAUAGUUGAGUAUGGAGAAUUGAUCUUUGUGGUCGAACAGUUUUCGUCAAAGUAAAAUAAACUUAGUUCAAGAAGAAAUAAGGUCGAGAGAAAAGAUUCUUCAUCCGCACUAACACUCCCAUAAAAGGAGAGUAAGCUCAGAUAUGACGCUUGAUAGGGAUCAGUGGAAGAAAAUGCCAUACUACGGCGACCAUAAACAAUGGGAUGGUAUGAAAAUAACUAAAUCGUUAUUAAAAAAACCAAUGUGAACUAACUUUAGUUCAUGCAAGUCUUAAUAUAUAUUUUCAUUGAACCAUAAAUGAAUAUACAUUUUUACUAUCGAUAAAAAUAUUGGGGUUAGUGGAGAAUAGCGCUUCAAGUAUAUUAUUUUAGAGAAUAAUUUCAGCAUUGGUCAUAUAAUACUCUAAACUGUCACCUCUAUUUCUCUUUCUCUAAAAAAUAUAUCAAUUUUAGAGAUGGAGUUUUAGAGUGACUUUUUAGAAUGAACCUAUUACCUCCUAAAUAUUAAAAAGCAAUACGUACAAAUGAUAUACCAUCGAUUGGUUCAAGUGUACUUUUAACAAAGUCAAAUAAAACAGUGAGAGUUGUACAAUACCUUUUCUACAAGUUACUUUAAAAUAUAUAGUUGCAAAAGUAUUUUAAGAUACAAAAAAAACGUAAAAAUAAUCUGGUUAAGCGAAAUGGUUUUCUUCUAAACAUCAAAUCGUCGAUAUCUAUAGUAAUAUACUAUAUAAAUAUAGUUACAAUGUAAGAAUUAUAUGAUCAUUAAUGUUUUUAAAUAGUGUGAAUAAUAAACAAGAAUAUGUAUCCGAAUGAAAAGUAUAAAAUUCCUCAAAAGGUUGUUGAAAAUGAACAUUAACGGGCUUGGAAAUUGUAACGGAUGUAGUGUUGAAAUUAUGGCAUUCAGAACGAAGAGUUGUGGAUUGGAAGUAGUCAUUUAAUGCUAUGGACAAUGUGCACGAGAUGGUUAAGUGUUGCAGAGACAAUUAGUAUAGCAACACUUAUUAUGGUGACGUCGUAUGCUGUGAAAUUUGCAAAUGGCAGCACUGAGUGAAGUGAUAACGCAUUACCAGUGUUCAAGAUUUGAAGUGACGUUUAUUAUCUGUUGCCAUAAUGUUGCCACUUUAAGAACUAUUUUUAAAUAUUCAGUGUUUUUAGCGAAUACUAGUCUAUGAGGGGCUUGCUAAUUCGCCAUGGUUCAGAUUUAUAUGCAGCAGGGAUGCCAACCGUAUGGGAAUUCUCGUGCAGUUACGAGAUUUUUGGCCAACAGGUACGAGCGACAUUUUCGUCCCCGUACAAAGUGCGUACUUAAUUUUGACCAAUAGGAAUCGGUCAAAAUACGAUGUUGUACGCGUUUAAAGAGCCAAAUUUAGCCAAUUGAGAUUUUUGACUCUGUUGUACGAAGCUAAGUGUUUUUUUAGGUUGGCAUCCCUGAUCUGUAGUCUAUGAAAUGUGUGUUGUGCCAUAAGAAAGUACCUACGAUGUUUGAAUAUAAUAUUUCCCUUGUUUUCUCAUGCAAAUAUUUCAGUCUUCCAUUUGGGAUUUAGCGUUUCUUCUGACAUUGAUUGUUUGUAAUUAGAUCUGUUUAUAUAAUCUCAAUAGUUGCAGUUGUGAAAAUUCUAUUAUAUGUUUGGCGUAGACAAAUAAUAAAUAUAUAUAUUAUUAUAUACAAAUGUUUACAUAUCUCAUUGUUAAUAUCUUUAAAUAUGUAUGCGCUUUUCGUAUUUUUAUUAGCCUUUAUAUCCAUGACAAGGAUGUAAUUGGAAUGGCAAUUACGCUUACGGCUAGCCUUAUGGAAAGCCGUUAGCGAUAUACAAGAACAGUGACACGGAUAUCACGUUAUCACGUGAUGGCUGUGGUACUCGUCAUUCUUGAGAACUCAGUUGUAAAAAUAACAGCUGUUGCUCUUCAAACCGGAUAACAGCUUGCAAAGCAAUCUGUUUGACGGCGGCAAGUCUAUACUAAACCGGUUUCUCUACCUCGGUUUAAGCUAUGUAUGCGUUUUUAUACAGGUAUUCUACAUUUUUUUUAUUCCGUACUUUAAUGUACUCAAUUUUUUUUUACUAGCAUUAUUUGCAAAUACGGGUAGUAAUGUUACCUAGUUGUCAGCAUUUUCUUUUUUUUAAUAAAAAGCUGUAUUUUUUUUACACAUUUUUUUGUGAAAGUUGUAUUUUUUUUUUAGAAACGUUUUUAAUUUAAUUUGCAGACAAUUUUCUUCUAUUAAGAAAUUAAAUGUAAAACUUAUUGUAAUUGUAAUGUCACUUUAAACAACAUAUUUAUUAUUAGUGUUUAAAUAUAGUAAACAUUAAUAUGUUGGAAGUUUUUAAACAUUAUAUGAAUGUUCAUGUGGUAAAUUUUACAUAAAUUCGUGAAUAGAUUCUAAGUAUAUAAAAUAUAAUAAUUGUAUAUCACGCAUUUCGUCACAUUUUCUUUACUAUAUAUUCAAUUUGUCUAGUCUUUUCAAAUGAUCAGUAUUUUUUUAGAUUCAUUCACAUUCUUUUACUCAUUCUGUUUAAUAAAUAAAUAAAAAACUAAAAUUGACCAAAAUGUUUUUGUAUAUUUAUAAAUAAGAAUAUCACGGCAGGAAUUUACGGCACAAUCUGCGUUUGGGGUCUUGCACUCGUCCACAAAUGAACUUCGCGAAUUUAAAGUUGAAAUAUUAGAUGUAUAAAAUAUAAAAUCCUAUUAUGUAUUUUCUCAUGAAAAUGGGCUCACUUGGGGGAAUAUAAUACUGAUUUUAUAUUUUGUUCUGCUAAAGUGAUCUUCACAUACGUCGUAUCACUUUGGUAAGAAGCAGGAACGUAUAUAAAUAAAAAAAAUAUAGCUACAGUUAAUUAAUUAACUAUAUGGUACGACCAGCGUGGGACUCCACACCCGGUUACCUGAAUUCCUACCGUAAUGAAGUUUGUUACUCCGCAUAAAACUUUAAAUAUUGUAUUAAAUAAGGUAAUUGUAUUAAAUGUUUAAUUAUAUAUUUAAGAACUGUAUUUUACUGUUUUUUAAAUAUUAACAUCUUGGUAUGCGGUCGGUUAAAAUUAUAUCCAUUUAUUAUGUUCCAUGAUGAAAUAUAAAGAGACUUAAAAUUUACUGUAGUGGAUCUAAUUGUAUAAUGAUAUAAAAAUGUCAGUGUUUAGUGUCUCUCUACUUGAAUAUAUAUUAAAUAAGCAUAUUGGACGAUUCACAAAUUUACCAAAGUUGAAAACGUUGAAGUGGAAGUUGAAUGAGAUAUCCAAAAACUGAAAUGGUUGUUUAACAAUGAUAAAUGUAUUGAAAUAUUAAAUAAAUAAUCGUAAAUUA